GUCCACUCUGCUCUCCAGAGCUCUCAGACAGCAACCAGAUCGGGGUUGGCUCCCGGGGCGUCAGGCCCGGGCCCCGCAGCAGGCAGCCGGGCCCUGGGAGCGGGACCCCGCCUCCUGGCCCGGGAGCCCCCCUUCCGUCCGCAGCCACCUGGGCUCCUCGCAGGUCCGCGGCCGCGGGUGGCGAGAGCGCGGAGAGAGCCGUGGGGUUACGGCGGUCCUGGCCACGACGGCACCGCAGGGGCCUUGGAGCGGCGUCCCGGGCCGAUGUCCCAGGUGAGUGGCCAGCGCCCCCCUCAUUGCGACGCGCCCCAUGGAGCCCCCAGCGCAGCCCCGGGCCCAGCCCAGAUCCCAUCCCUCCUGCCUGGGCUAGAGGUAGUAACCGGAUCCACUCACCCUGUGGAGGCAGCGCUAGAGGAAGGCUCCCUGGAGGAAGCGGCACCCCCCAUGCCCCAAGGCAAUGGCCCUGGGGCCCCUCAGCCCCUGGACAGUACUGACCUCGAUGUCCCCACAGAAGCUGUGACACGCCAGCCUCAGGGGAACCCCUUGAGCUGCACCCCACUAGUGGCAAAUGGCUCAGGCCACCCCUCAGAGCUGGGCAGCGCCAGGCGGGCGGGGAAUGGUGCCCUAGGUGGCCCCAAGGCCCACCGGAAGUUGCAGACGCACCCAUCUCUCGCCAGUCAGGCCAGCAGGAAGAGCAAGGGCAGCACCAAAUCUACUGCCUCCCAGAUCCCCCUCCAGGCGCAGGAAGACUGCUGCGUCCACUGCAUCCUGUCCUGCCUGUUCUGCGAGUUCCUGACGCUGUGCAACAUCGUCUUGGACUGCGCUACGUGCGGCUCCUGCAGCUCCGAGGACUCGUGCCUCUGCUGCUGCUGCUGCGGCUCGGGCGAGUGCGCCGACUGCGACCUGCCCUGCGACCUGGACUGCGGCAUCGUGGACGCCUGCUGCGAGUCCGCCGACUGCCUGGAGAUCUGCAUGGAGUGCUGCGGGCUCUGCUUCUCCUCCUGACCGCCGCGGCCCCUGCAGCGCCCCUCGCGCCGCGGCCCCGGAGGUGGGGCGGGGGGGGGGCGGGGCCAGCUCCGCGGAGGGGGGCGGGGCCGCCGCAGCGCCCCUCACCCCACGUCCCGUCCCAGCCUCGCGGUGCCGGAACCCGCAGCCCCGCCGACAACCUGGGGGGCGGGCCGGGGAGGGAGCCGCGCCUGGCCCCACGGCCUGGGCUUCAGAACACUGUGAAAGUGGGGGGCAGCAAGGGGGGCGGGGGGAGGCGGGGCCGGCGGGCUGUGCGCUCCUCUACCUCUCACGGCCCCUGCGGCCCCGACUCCCGCUGCCCAGGCUCAGCAAAAUGUGAAGUGAGACAUCCCAGCCCGCUCUGGGCCACGCCCUUCCCUGGUGUCUUUACCGGACCCUCGAGGGGGCCUGACUCGUAUGGUGACCCCCGAAGUCCUCCAGAGGGCAGGGCUAAGCCAGGAGGGACAGGAACGGUAUAGAAAAUACUGGAAGGGGAGAGGGAGGGAAUGGAGGGUGGGCCUGUCCUAUUUGUUGCUGUAAAUAAAGUUAUU